GGUCCUGGAUCUGACCUGAUUUGUCAAUUCGAUGACUUCACUGAAGUGUCGCUCCUCUGGGGAAUCAUUGGUUUAUAAUUCAGCAAUCAUGGUUCAAGCAGGAGAUUUGCUGUUUCAUGUUUUGUUGAAAGAAAAUUGAGGUGCAUAAUGGAUUUAUCAGGAGUGCAAUUUGACAUCAAAGCCCAUCUGAAGAGGCUCUGAUUGUCCUGGACUGCCUCGACAUGGCUUAUCCAGAGCACUUUGAUUGGUUGAAAGAAACCGUCAGUUUGUUUCCAGGUUUGCCAGGGUUUUCCAGCAUGUUUGGGAAGAAGAAGAAACGGCUGGAGAUCUCAGCUCCGUCUAACUUUGAGCACCGGGUCCACACGGGCUUCGACCCGCGGGAGCAGAAGUUCACCGGGCUGCCGCAGCAAUGGCAGAGCCUCCUGGCGGACACUGCCAACCGGCCUAAGCCCAUGGUGGACCCCUCCUACAUCACCCCCAUCCAGCUGGCACCAAUGAAGACCAUUGUUCGAGGGAACCGGCCACCCAAAGAUGCGUCCAUCAACGGCCUGCUGGAGGAGUUUGACAACAUCUCAGUGACACGCUCCAACUCCCUGCGUAAAGAGAGCCCACCAGGUCCCCACCAGGUUGGAAGCAGCUCCAAACCCUCAGGCAGUGGUCAUCCCAACGCCCCAGAGGAGAAUGGAUUCAACCACUACUACUCCCGCUACUCCUGUGACCUUGACACCUCCAGCAGAGACUUCUCUCUUGAUCCUGGCAAGCCAGGGUUCUCCAUAGAUGGGGACUGGGCUGUGGGGAGGCACUAUCGAUUCACCAAGCAGAAUGGCCACUCACACCCCAUACGCAGCCCCUUCUACCCAGACGCCAUGCCCCAAAAAUCAGACUAUGGCAAGCUGCCACCGGACUACCACACCUACCUGGAGAGCAAAGGGCGCUCAGCCGAUGAGGUGGCCUCCACUGUGGGGAGUGGGGUGGGUUCCAGUGGCUACUAUCGGGCGUCUGUGGGUGGCUCGUCCAGCCAGGACUACCGGGACACUUCAGUUGGCACGCCAUCUCGUGCCUCGCUACACAGCGAGCAGAUCAACUACCCAGACAGUGAGUGGAGCUAUGGUGGUCUGCGGGACGAAUAUGAAAAACGACCCAAGAGUUCCUACGUGACGCAGACCAGCCCCACGCCAGCUAUCAGGCAGCGAUCUCGGUCAGGCUCUGGGCUGCAGGAGCCAAAUGUUCCCUAUGCAGCCAGCGGGGCUUUCAAGAACCCUCCACAGGCCCAUUCAUACAGCUCCUACACCUACCCUCGCCUCUCGGAGAGUCUCGCAAACUCACAGACCAUAGCUAAGGGUGACUACGAGCGUCCAUCACGUGAUGGCAGUCCCCAGGUUACGGGCGGUGACACCUACCCCCGAGGGCCUCUUAAGCUACCUCAGAGCCACACCAAGCCACCAGGCUACCCCCCAGCACACCUGCCCUACCCCCCUGUCUUUCACCAUUACAAACCCUCACCCUACCAUCACCCCCCCUCCCAGCCGAGCCCACCAUACACCCCUCAGGGGGCCUACUCGCAGCCUUCAUCACCUUACAUCCCCCCAGGGGCCUAUCCCCCUCCUUCCUGGGGGUCGAGCUCAGACACUCAACCCUCCAGAGUCUCCCACGAGCAGUUCAGAGCUGCACUUCAACUGGUGGUCAACCCAGGCGACCCCCGGGAAUAUCUGGACAGCUUUAUCAAGAUCGGCGAGGGCUCCACGGGUAUCGUGUGCAUCGCCAGUGAGAAACACAGCGGCAAGCAGGUGGCUGUGAAGAAGAUGGACCUCAGGAAACAGCAGAGGAGAGAGCUGCUCUUUAAUGAGGUGGUGAUUAUGAGGGACUACCACCAUGAGAACGUGGUGGACAUGUACAACAGCUACUUGGUGGGAGACGAGCUGUGGGUCGUCAUGGAGUUCCUGGAGGGUGGGGCACUCACCGACAUUGUGACUCACACCAGGAUGAAUGAGGAGCAGAUUGCCACAGUGUGUCUGUCGGUGCUGAGGGCUCUGUCCUACCUGCACACACAGGGCGUCAUCCACCGCGACAUUAAGAGCGACUCCAUUCUCCUGACCAGCGAUGGCAGGAUCAAGCUGUCAGACUUCGGCUUUUGUGCUCAAGUUUCCAAAGAGGUGCCCAAGAGGAAGUCCCUCGUGGGCACGCCGUACUGGAUGGCACCAGAGGUCAUCUCUAGACUACCUUAUGGGACCGAGGUGGAUAUCUGGUCUUUAGGCAUCAUGGUGAUUGAGAUGGUGGAUGGAGAGCCCCCUUACUUUAAUGAGCCCCCUCUGCAGGCCAUGAGGAGGAUACGAGACAACCUGCCGCCUCGGCUAAAAGAGUCACACAAGGUGUCCUCGGUGCUGCGAUCCUUCCUGGACCUGAUGCUGGUGAGGGAGCCCUCUCAGAGAGCCACAGCCCAGGAACUCCUCCAGCACCCUUUCCUCAAGCUGUCGGGACCCCCUUCCUGCAUCGUCCCCCUCAUGAGACACUACCGCCACCGCUGACCUGCUGGCCCAAACCCGCCCUCUUCUACACUAAAAAACACACACACACUGUACACACACUACCAGGGUGGCACAGCCCUCACCCAGCCAAAACACUCCACCACGCGGUGGUGCGCCACUGACACUCACACCUGUAACCGUGACGUAGAUUAGCUAGAGGAAUAUCUAAGAAAAAACAUUUAAAAAACACACGACAGAAAAGAAGAAAAAAAAAAUCGUCUACUAUUUUGACAUUAAGACCUGGAGUAGAAGAGUGCACUGUGCCAGAGGAACUCACUAAACGUCCAGUAGAAACGUGGGCUGGCUCGCCCUGCUGCGGUCUUCUCUCUUCCUAGACUGUGAGUGUUCAGCUCCAUGAAGAGUUGUAGCAACCAUCAGCAAGAGCUUCAGAGGGUUGCGGCGAUGCGGAGGGACCCUGGGCACCGGCGCUCUGCUCCAGACCAGAGCAGCAGAGGGCACAACAAUUAGCUGCGUGCAGAGAGAGAGAGAGAGAGGAUUUUGACUAGUACUGACUGUCACACGGCUGCUGCGUCAUCAGUCCAUCUGAAGGACAGGCUGCUGCUCAGCUGGUCAAAUGGAGAAGAGCUCUCUUGUAUCUUUCUUCUCAUACACUAACAGUGAAAAUGUAUUUUAGAGAAACUUGUAAGUUUUUCUGUACAGUUUUGAUAAUUUGCAGUAUUUUAUCGUGUCGUAACCAUUGUGAUAUGAGCAGUAUUAAACAGAGUUUCUGCAGAGAUCUUUCCUACUGUUUAUAAUCCAGUUUUUGCUUAAAGAUAUAAGAGAUAUCCCAAAUAAACCCACCUAAACCUAACUGUUACUAAAAAUACUAAAUAUAUUUAUUAUCUCACAUUUGUAGACAGAACUUCCAUUAAAUGUUGGAAAAAAGGGUAAUGUCAGAAUUUUGUAUGACGUUUUAAAAGUAUUUAUUUAUUUAUUGGAAUUGAAGGUUUAUUUUUUUGGUAGUGUGGCCUUUUUUUGUUUAUUUUCUUUUGCUGUUUUGUUGGGUUUUGAUUUACAUUUUUAAAAGCGUAACGGCAGACAGUGAUAUGAGUGGUUAUAUCAUCCAAGCAAUACCCCAAACCUGUUUAUGAAACCAUGAAGCCCUGUAUUUAUGAUACUGUAAUUACACCAUGCAUUUAAAUGUAGCACAGAUUGAGUGGAUUUGACAAAAAAAAAAGAAAUUACUCUACGUAGACCUGUUUUCUUUUAUAUUAGGAAUCUUAUCCUGAUUCUCUAAAUGCUAAGAGGCGCCCAUCCAAGACGCCCGCCUACCGCACAGAUUUUAGGAUGCUGAUAAAAAGGUCUGGUUUUCUACUCACAUCCUCACUGUCAUCAUCUCACUCCUUAUCCCACCUUAGUCAGAGACACACUCGCUAUCACUGGAACUGUGCUGCCAUUCUCAUCGCUGGUCGGACCGGGAGAACAGCGUAAUCCUCCUCCCUGCAUCGUUUUUACCCAUCAUUCACUGUGAUAUGUAAAUAUGACUGUGUGUGUGCGUGCGUGUGUGUGUGUGUGUGUGUGUGUGCGUGUG